CGUGUUCUGCUUGUCGGCCUUGUCGGCGGCUUCUAGCUGUUCUAGUUGAACGAACUGACAUCCUCAUCCCGCCCAAGAUCUCAUCCAGAUCGCAUUGGCCCCUGCCUUCUCUCUGAGUUCCACACCCUCUCCCAUCAUUUCAUCGUGUGUUCCAGAUUGAACCGGCCGGCUUCCAUUGUGACAUUUCCUCUCGGGGGAAUUCCCCACCACGAUCCACGAUCCAUGAUCCACGCAUUGUCAGGCCUUUGUUUAGCCUCGCAUCAUUCCAUGGAUCGGGCUUGACGGGACCAGUCCUGGGGCGAUGGCCGCUAAUCCGUCUCACCACACCCCGAAUUCGACCAGCGGGGGUGCUUCCGGCCCUGCCGUAAGUGCGGGAACGGCGGCUGCGGCCACGGGGGGCUCUUUGGCUUUCAGCAAUCCGUCUUCCGGUAAGAUUGACCAACAGCGCAAAAUCUUGGAGGAACUCGAACGGCAGAAGAAGCAAUUAGCCAAAGGCAAUCUCGGUCCCUCGGCCGCCAACGCCAGUCCGGCCCCCAAUCACACGCCCAAUAGUGGUGGACCCGCCAGUGGCACCCUGUCCAAGGCCAUGGAACAAGGCGAUGUGCCCUCCAUCUUGACGCAAGCGCAGAAAGCGGCCAUGGAAUUGGCCAACAAGAGCUCAUUUGGUUACUUUAUUCCUCAAGAUUCCGCCUUCGGAAACUCCAUUCUACCUGUGGUUCCGCGGCUUCAGCCCAAAUAAGACUAGAUCCAGUUGGAUUGAGACCUCUGGCAUUCAACAUGACUUGCCGACUCAAGCUCAAUCAACUCCAGUCCCAUUUGCAGGGCGUGGAGGCGUUUGACACGCCCAAAGUUUUGCUCGAACAAUAUCCCACCA